AUGAAGCCAAUGAUUGUGAUGCUUGCAUGGCUGUUCCUUGUUUCGCGCAUGUACAGCUCCUUCCAGUCUACCACCCAGCUCCACCAGGUCCACAUCUGGGGAUUGGACGGAAACUCCGCCAAGGCUGUCUCCAAGGCCAACAGCACUGAGAUCUUUGCUAACGGCGACUCUGGCCUCCUCGGAACUGACGUCGCCCUCGGCGGUCCCCGCCCUGUUCAGGCUGGCUUCUUCUAA